AUCUCCUUCCCUUCCCUUUCCCCCCCUUGGCUUCGCUUCUCUUCUCGAGCGCCCCACGCGGUGACGCGGUGAGAUCGGGAGGAGGAGCCGGGGGAGGAGGCAGCGCUCGCAGCCCUAACCAGGCCUCCCUCCCCGGGUGCUGCUGCGGUCGCUCGCCACCUGCCUCGGCGGGCACGGCCCCCGACGUCCCCGAUCCCUCGGCGCGCGCGGCGUCGCGGGGGAGCAGCGGAGAGUGCCGUGCGCGUGCGCGUAGUUUUGAGUGGUUCGCGAGGCGGGCCUGGGCUCUGCGGGAAGGGGAGGGGUGUUGUUUGCCAGCGGUUUGGUGGGAGAUCCGGUGAGCGGGAUGCAGCGGAAGAAGAGUUCUGCAGAGGCCGAGUUUUUCACAGAGUAUGGGGAUGCAAACCGAUACAAGAUCCAAGAAGUCAUUGGUAAGGGAAGCUAUGGGGUUGUGUGCUCUGCCAUUGAUUUGUACACUCGACAGAGAGUGGCGAUCAAGAAGAUACGAAAUAUCUUUGAGCAUGUCUCUGAUGCCGCAAGGAUCCUUCGUGAGAUCAAACUUCUAAGGCUCCUAAGGCAUCCUGACAUUGUUGAGAUCAGGCACAUUAUGUUACCUCCCUCGAGAAAGGACUUCAAGGAUAUUUAUGUUGUUUUCGAGCUUAUGGAGUCAGAUCUCCACCAAGUUAUAAAUGCUAACGAUGACUUUACGAAAGAGCAUUACCAGUUCUUUCUCUAUCAAUUACUCCGGGCCCUCAAAUACAUUCAUACUGCUAAUGUUUAUCACCGUGACCUGAAGCCUAAGAAUAUUUUAGCAAAUUCUAACUGCAAAUUGAAAAUAUGUGACUUUGGACUAGCACGAGUUGCAUUCAAUGAUAGCCCAACAACAGUGUUCUGGACGGAUUAUGUUGCAACCAGAUGGUACAGAGCACCAGAGCUCUGUGGAUCCUUCUUCUCAAAUUAUACACCAGCUAUUGACGUUUGGAGCAUUGGAUGCAUCUUUGCUGAGUUAUUGACAGGGAAGCCUUUAUUUCCUGGUAAAAAUGUUGUCCAUCAGUUAGACUUGAUGACUGAUCUCCUAGGCACACCAUCAAUGGAUACAAUUUCGCGGGUCCGGAAUGAGAAAGCUAGAAGGUACUUGAGCGGCAUGAGAAAGAAAGAGCCGGUUCCAUUUUCUCAGAAGUUUCCUGGUGCAGAUCCUUUAGCACUAAAACUCUUGGAAAAGCUUUUAGCAUUUGAUCCGAAGGACCGUCCGACUGCCGAAGAGGCAUUGAGGGAUCCAUACUUCAAAGGCCUUGCCAGGGUUGAAAGAGAACCAUCCUGUCAGCCAAUAAGAAAAGUGGAAUUUGACUUUGAGCACAAAAGAAUGUCAAAGGAAGAGAUAAAGGAACUGAUAUUCCGGGAGAUAUUGGAAUAUCAUCCGCAAUUGCUGAAUAGCUACAUAGAUGGCACAGAAAAGACAACCUUUCUCUACCCAAGUGCUGUCGAUCAAUUUAAGAAGCAGUUUUCUCAUCUUGAAGAAAGCGGUGGUAACGGCCCGUCAGUUCCAAUGGAGAGAAAACAUUCAUCCCUUCCCAGGACUACUGUUGUUCACUCAAAUCCAAUUCCUGGCAAGGAAAAACCUCUUGUUGCCUCAUCAAGGGCUUCUCAAGCUCCACAAGGGCUGCGAGCAGUGGGACAAGGAAGAGCUGAUGGUUCGGUGGUGAAUUCAGGGUAUCCUCCCCAUCAACAAAUCCCAGAAGCAUAUGGUUGUCGUCAAAUGCCUGCGAGUGUGGGCACACAGGCCAUGGGGGCGCAGGUCUAUGCUUGCGCAAACAGCAAAGCCACGCCUGAUGUUGCUGUAAACAUGAGGAUGCCCCCGUUCCAUGUUCCAGCUGGCCCGAAGAAUAACCCAUUAGAUAGAAUAGCAUCAAAUACUACUGACAUCUACACAAGAUCUCUUAACGGCAUUGUUGCCGCCGCCGCCGCAUCAGUAGGCACUGCUACUGCUGCUACUCACAGGAAUGUUGGUGUUGUGCCCUCUGGCAUGUCAAGGAUGUACUAGCUGGUGAAACGUCCUGGAUUAGCCUGGAAGAAGGUGGUGGUCAAUAUUAUUAUGAAUAUAAGCGGUCCAGAAGAGGUGGUCGCAGAGUAUUGACCUCUUCCAUAUAUGUUGUCUGUACGCCGUCUAUUCUGCCAGAAACUGUGCUAUUUCAUGCACAACUGAAGGAUUGAUUAAUUGAUUUAUUCCAAUGGAAAUUACUUUGUUAGAGUAA